AUGCCUCCCAAGAAGACCGAGACCAAGGCCGCCGAUGCCUCUGCCGCCGCCGCUCCUGCUCCCACCUCUGCUCCCACCUCUGCUCCCAAGACCAAGAGCCCCAGCACCCAUGCCUCUUACCUUGACAUGAUCACGGACGCUAUUGUUGCGCUCAAGGACCGCGCUGGAUCUAGCCGUCAAGCUCUCAAGAAGUAUGUCCGUGCCAACAACACGCUCGGCAAUGUCACCGACAACAUGUUCGACUCGCUCUUCAACAAGGCCUUGAAGAACGGUGUCGACAAGGGUGUCUUUGAGCAGCCCAAGGGUCCUUCCGGUGGCACCAAGCUCGCCAAGAAGGUCGCUAAGCCUGCUCCCAAGAAGGCUGCUGCUCCCAAGAAGGAGGCCAAGGAGAAGAAGCCCGCUGCCGCUAAGAAGGAGGGUGCCGCCAAGAAGGAGACCAAGGAGAAGAAGGCUCCUGCUGCCAAGAAGGCCGCUGCCCCCAAGAAGGCUGCUGCUCCCAAGAAGGAGGCCAAGGAGAAGAAGGCGGCUGCCCCCAAGAAGAAGGCCGCUGCUCCUGCCGUUGCCGACAAGGAGACCGUCCUCACCAAGACCAAGUCUGGCCGUGUCGCCAAGAGCACCGCUAAGCCUGCUGCCGCCAAGAAGGCCGCUGCUCCCAAGAAGGCUGCCGCCAGCAAGAAGGCCGAGAAGGCCGAGCCCGCUGCCGAGAAGGCAUAG